AGUUUGGGAACCCCUUCGAACUCAGUGGCCUUCAAUUCGCAAUACUCGUUUCUGAAUCCUCUGCAACGGAUCACUUCACUCAACCGUCAAUAUGUGUUCCAUCUACAUCUUUGAAUACGCCUGUGGGUGCAAGCACCAAGAGCAGGGUGUGGUCGCCUGUGUCCAUCAAGGCACUUCUAGAUGUCCAGGUGUUAAGGAGCAGCCUCGCAAACGAGAUAACGCUCAGUGCACUCGUCAUGGCAACUAAUGCCUCGGAGGCUCGAGACCAUGCAUCGCUUUGUCCUACGGUCAUCGCGU